AUGUCCAUCAUCAAAUGGCACAGACUACCCCUGACCCUAUUCGAACUCUCCCAAUCAUGUCUCACCCCUCAAGCUACCUUCGCAUCUCGCUCGCUCCCGAUCCGGUCCUCCCUCCGCGGCCACGGUCACGCCCAUCGUCAUUGCUCAACCACAUCCACGCCGUCCACGGCUCAGAAACCGACCAAACUCCGUUUCGCCCCUUCCCCCACGGGAUAUCUCCAUCUCGGUGGUCUCCGAACAGUCCUCUACAAUCAUCUACUUGCUAAAAGACUCGGCGCAACUUGGGCGCUGAGGAUCGAGGAUACCGAUCAGGUUCGUAGGCUCCCCCGAGAUCUCAUACGAGUAGGGUCCAGAGCUGACACAAGGUCGUUGCUCCCCUGCUUGCGCUGAUUGGAACAGACUCGUUUCGUCCCAGGUGCUGUCGAGAGCUUGAUCAAGACCCUUCGAUGGGCCAAGCUGGACUACGAUGAAGGUCAGCGCAAACGAUUCCGAGAAAGAACUUUCCGCCAGAGACUGAUCGCGCGUGAGCUCACUCUCUCUCUGGCAGGACCUUACCGAGAUGGUGGAAACGGGCCAUAUUCUCAAUCAGAACGAAAGCAUAUAUACGACGCCCUCCUACAAGCCUUGAUCGACGUACGUCCUUCCAAGUCUAAACUCCGAACCCGAACAGACCCCCACCUGACCAACCGAACCCCCACCACACAGUCCGGCAAAGCGUACCACUGCUUCUGUACGGCCGAACGACUCGCAUCGACGCGCAAGCUGUUACAGAAACAGGGUAGCAACGCGACGUAUGAUCGCAAGUGCUUGGGAUUGAGUAAGGAGGAGGUCCAGGCCAGAUCGGAUCAAGGCGAAGCGAGUGUCGUUCGGUUCAAGGUCAGAGCUCCAUCUCUCUCUCUGGCAUCCCUGACUGUACUCACGCUCCCUCUUCAUACCUGCUCAGAGCUCAAGUGAUGGUAUGACCCAGCACGACCUCGUCUACGAUACCAUCACCUACCCGUCUCUACCCAUAGAAGAUUUCGUCCUACGAAAAACUGACGGACUGCCAACCUAUCAUUUCGCGAGCGUGGUUGAUGAUCAUUCGAUGGGGGUGACUCAUGUCUUACGUGGGGAGGUGAGCAACGCCAUCUGAUCGUAGAGUGUUCCACUUUCAAAAAGUUCGCUGACGCCCCUCGUCUCGUUCGUGGUAGGAAUGGCUCCCCUCAACACCUAAACACCUCUCCCUCUACUCAGCCUUGGGUAUCGACCCUCCCCAGUUCGCUCAUCUUCCUCUCUUGGUCAAUCAAGACGGGUCCAAACUCUCAAAAAGAGCAGGGGACGUAAGAGUGGAAGAAUAUAUCGUACGUGCAAUACUCUCUCCUCUAUACCAUCAUGGAGGACCUGAGGAUGGACUUGAUAAAUGAUCGAAUAGGACAAGGGUUACGAACCCGAAGCGUUGUUGAAUUUCGUCGCUUUGAUGGGUUGGUCGCCCCAAGCCACAACGUCGACCAACGUCGAUGCGUCGGGUCAAGAAGGACAUGUGCUCACGAUGGAGGAGAUGAUCAAACGUGUACGUCUUGUUCGCAUUCUUUCUUGGAGGGGUGAACAACUCCUGACGCGUGCCGUUCACGACACUAGUUCUCCCUCGAAGGCGUCAACAAGAAUCGCUCGACGAUGAAUUUGAGCAAGUUGGAGUAUCUAAAUCGAGAACAUGUCAAGCUGAAAUUGGGGGAGAAGGAAGGGAGAAAGGAGAUGGUGGAGAGGUUGAAAGCGAAUGUAGAGCGGGAGAUUGGGGAUGCGUGAGUUCGCUGGAUGGUGGAGAUGAGUGAGGUGAAUGAAGAGCUGAUGGGUUGUGUUCUCAUUUUAUGUGUAGAAAAAAAACGGACGAUCCGGCCUAUUUGGGACGGGUGAUUGAAGCCUUAAAGGUCAGUUCGUUUCCCUUGCUUUGAUUCUGGACCAUCGCUGAAUUUGAUUGAUACCAUCGAACUUGACAGGAACGCCUCCACACGAUCCACGACAUCCCUCGACUAGGACGUUACUUUUUCUCCCCGCCUGAUUACACGACCAAAUUGGCGCGUCAGAUGGCCAAGAACGUGCCUUUGUUGAUCUAUCGUAGGUCCUGCUCGAGCACUCUGAAGCUCCGUCGAGGCAUUGCUCAUCUCGGCACGCUGCGCCCAACAGGCGAGACGCUCUCCUCCACGAUCGAAUUAUUGCAAUCCUUACCCGACGAAGACUGGAUUUGGUCCUCCGAGACGCACCACAAGAUGAUUGAGACGCUCAACACGCUCGUCGAACCGGGAGGGAAUAGUAAGAACGUGAUGAUGUCGCUUCGGCAUGCGUUGACGGCGACCAAGGUAAGCAACUUCCUCCGUUCUCUUAAGAGGGAUGGGUCAGAAAGCUGAUGCGUUGUUCGUGGGGCGUCUCUCUCUCUCUCUCUCAGGUGGGUGCAGGUGUCCCCAUGACGGUCCUGACGCUGGGCAAGGAGGAAAGUUUGGCUCGAUUGCAGCAUGCGCUCGAGGAGAGAGCUGGGGAGUGA